AUGAUAACUCCACCGGACACUAAUUCUUACCUAUCCUCAUCCACCUCUAAGGACCCGGGUGGUGCGACGAGUAAACUGGGAAAACCUAUUGCCAAAGAAAAAACCAGCCCCGUUCCUAUAACUCUUAGACGCGAUAGGCCCGCUAGAAAACGAAUCCUAUCGAGCGGACAUUUGGAUAGCGGCUAUUUCUCUCCCUUCAUUUGCACCUUUUGUUUCAACCCAUAUUCCGCCACUCAGGAAUGCUCCAAAGAUAUAAAUCACACUAAUGCUAUUAUUCCUUAUAUCGAAGAUACCUUAGAAUUUUGUCGAUGUUCUUCGAGGCUCAAUAACGACCAAACUUGCUCCAACAACUCCUUGCUCAUUAAUAUCCGCAAUAAUUGUUCCUCAAAAAGUGGUAGUAAAAGUUGUAGAAAACUAAACAACAGAUUUAAUUUCGACCAUUUGAGCCCCGUAGACUUCCAAGAGGAAUCGAGUGAGGAAGAUGAAAUUUCAGAUAUCUCGCCUUCGCCGACUGUUAUCUCUACCCGUUUUUUGUCGUUGGAUAAAAGGUUGACAAGUUAUCCACUACAUAACCAGCCAAAUAAUCUCAACAUCAUUGAUCUCACUAGCAGUAACCGCCAUCAUAACUCUUCGCGAACAUUCCAGGAAACGUUAAUCGGCGCGAGCAAUAACUAUACGCAAACGAAUAACGCGAUUACCUCUUCAGACUCCCCUCUUUCGAUAUUAUCUUCCGACUCAGAAACAUCGACCAUUUCAAGUCCGAUCAACAUGGACAAGACCGAUUCAAUUAUAUUGCCCCAUGACGGUUCAUUACCUAAAAACAAAAUCGUGUCUCAAAUUCGAUUGUCUAGACCAGACAAAUCAUCCCUUUACCUUAGGAGGCAAAAGAGCAAAUCUCCCGAUGCAUUAAUCCCUUCACUUACGUCCAUCAAAAAUGUCCGCAUAUCAAUCAAAAACGAUUCUCGCGUAUUCGCCGAACCAAGGAUAUUCGAAACGAGAACAAAAAUUGCCAGAAUUCGAGAUAAAGCGCUCGUGUGUCAGCGAAUCGGAAUACAGCUACGUCAUGUGGGCGAUUCUUUUGAUCAAUCACAUCUCGCUGCCAGCCGACCCUUUUGGCGAACGUUAGACCUUAUGAAAUUAUGCGGGAAAAUAGUCUAUUCUUCCUUAACCAAUUAUUGA